CGGCGCGUAGAAAAUCACCGAGCCAACUUUGGCCAACGUUGCUGCUGCGUCGGAGCCGAUUUCUCGUUCACUUUCCUCGAGUCUAUCCACCGGACAACACUGGUAGUUUGUUCUCUCGCGACUGAGCUGAAUUACAAGUCUUGAACAAUGGGAAAAGAGAAGAUCCAUAUUAACAUCGUCGUGAUUGGUCACGUCGACUCUGGCAAGUCCACGACCACUGGCCAUCUGAUCUACAAAUGCGGCGGUAUCGACAAGCGUACGAUCGAGAAGUUCGAGAAGGAGGCCCAGGAGAUGGGCAAGGGAUCGUUCAAGUACGCCUGGGUGCUGGACAAGCUGAAGGCCGAGCGUGAGCGUGGUAUCACCAUCGAUAUUGCCCUGUGGAAGUUCGAGACGGCCAAGUACUACGUGACGAUCAUCGAUGCUCCUGGACAUCGUGAUUUCAUCAAGAACAUGAUCACUGGUACGUCCCAGGCUGACUGUGCCGUGCUGAUUGUCGCCGCCGGUACUGGUGAGUUUGAGGCUGGCAUCUCGAAGAACGGCCAGACGCGUGAGCACGCUCUGCUCGCCUUCACGCUGGGCGUGAAGCAAUUGAUUGUGGGCGUGAACAAGAUGGACUCGACCGAGCCGCCAUUCAGUGAGAACCGCUUCGAGGAGAUCAAGAAGGAGGUGUCGUCGUACAUCAAGAAGAUCGGCUACAAUCCCGCCGCCGUGGCUUUCGUGCCCAUCUCCGGAUGGCACGGAGACAACAUGCUGGAGGCUUCCACCAACAUGCCGUGGUUCAAGGGAUGGGCCAUCGAGCGCAAGGAGGGCAAGGCUGACGGCAAGACCCUCAUCGACGCCCUGGACGCCAUCCUGCCGCCCGCUCGGCCCACUGACAAGCCCCUGCGUCUGCCUCUGCAGGACGUGUACAAGAUUGGCGGUAUCGGAACUGUGCCCGUGGGCCGUGUGGAGACUGGCGUGCUGAAGCCCGGCACCGUUGUCACCUUCGCCCCGGCCAAUCUCACCACUGAGGUGAAGUCCGUGGAGAUGCACCACGAGGCGCUGCAGGAGGCCGUGCCCGGAGACAAUGUGGGCUUCAACGUGAAGAACGUGUCGGUGAAGGAGCUGCGCCGCGGCUACGUGGCCGGCGACUCGAAGAACAACCCACCCAAGGGCGCCGCCGACUUCACGGCCCAGGUGAUCGUGCUGAACCAUCCCGGCCAGAUCGCCAACGGCUACACGCCCGUGCUGGAUUGCCACACGGCUCACAUUGCGUGCAAGUUCGCUGAGAUCAAGGAGAAGGUGGACCGCCGUUCCGGCAAGACCACCGAGGAGAACCCCAAGGCGAUCAAGAGCGGCGACGCCGCCAUCGUGAACCUCGUCCCAUCCAAGCCGCUGUGCGUGGAGUCUUUCCAGGAGUUCCCGCCGCUGGGACGCUUCGCCGUGCGUGACAUGAGGCAGACUGUGGCCGUGGGUGUGAUCAAGGCGGUCAACUUCAAGGACGCCGCCGGCGGCAAGGUGACCAAGGCCGCCGAGAAGGCCGCCAAGGCCAAGAAGUAGCUAGCCAGCAGCCACCACGCUCAACACCACCAGCCGACAGAUUGCACGAUAGCCACACAACCGGGAGCCCUCGCCGUCCGCCCGCGCAGGCGGGUGGUGCGCGUGGGGCGCUACGACGAUGCCGUGUCUCCAUGGUGGCUCCGACUCAAGCACCAUACUUUCCAUCGCAAAGAGUUCCGGCGAAAAGCGGACGGGCUACUUUCAUUCCUUUCUUACUUUUUGAUCUAAAAUAGAAACGGAGAACAGUUUUUGAGGGGGAGAAAAAGAAGAGGAUAAAUGAAGAUAAAAAAAAGAAAACAAACAGCAUAUAUAUAUUUUAUAUAACUUUAUUUCACACUUCCUUGGAUUUCAACUAACUUCUUGGUUUCCCAUCCUCCCGGGGUUAAUUUUUCAGAGCUUGAAAUUUCAUUUUUUCGCGAAUAUGUUGAUGAAAAAAAAAUUAAUUUAUCCAGAGAAUAAAAAAUUUGUAUCUUGUGAAAUAUUUAAAAAA